AUGCGGCGAGCGAAUGUAAGAAUCUGUGCCUCUCGCCUGCUCUCUUGUGAUCUUUCUCUCUGCAGAGCGAGCACACAAUCAAUCUGGCAGAGCAGCAAGAUCGAGGAGAAUGUUUUGGUAUCCAGGAGUUUCGAUGGCACUGGGUUCGCCCUCGCGGCCUCGAGAGCUUGCGGCAUUCUCAGGGAUCUGGAAACAGCACGAAGGCUACACAAGGAUGCAAUCGCGAUCGACGGGAACAGCAACAUCUACAUCGCGAGCAGCUUGGUGGACAGCUACGCGAAAUGUGGGAGCCUGGUCGAUGCUCGCAGCGCCUUCGAAGCUAUGGAGUCCCGCAAUGCAGUGGCGUGGACGUCGCUGAUCCUCGGCUGCGCGGAGAAUGGGGAGGCCGAGGCUGGCCUGGAGUUGUUCCAGCGGAUCAUCGACGAGGGCUGCGAGCCAAGCGCUCGAUCUUUCGUGGCGGCUCUCAAGUGUUGCUCUCGGCUGGCCAGGGAAGAAGAGGGAAGCCUCGAUCGUCUCCAUGGCAAGACGCGCAAGAAGCUGAGAAGCUUGGCUCGAGGGGCGGCUAUUCAUCGCUUGAUCGAGGGAUGCGUGGAUAUCUUCGUCGCGGGCAGCCUGAUCGACAUGUACGCUAGCUGUGGAGAUUUGCUGCGAGCUCGUCGCGUCUUCGACAGGAUUCCAUGCCACAACUUGGUAGCGUGGAACGCUAUGAUCCUGGGCUAUGCCGAGCAAGGUGACGGACGCUCGUCACUGGAGCUCUACGAUCGCUUGUCCUCAAUUCCGGGGACGGUUCCAGACGCUCGAACGAUUGGAGCUGCUCUUAAGGCUUGCUCCCUCCUAGCAGCUGACAAGCUCCGCAACGAAAAGUUCUAUGAAAAGUUGGAGGAUGGAAAGUUGGAGCAUGAAGGACACGAAGAAAGGAUAGAGCAUGAAGAACAAGAACACAGUAACACUCUCCAGGUCAGGGAAUUGCUGGACAAAGGCAGGGAGCUGUUCUCUCGAGCAGUGGAACUCGGGUAUGGCUCGGACGUCUUUCUUCUCAACACGGUGGUAGACUUUUACGCGAAGUGUGGGAGCUUGGCCGAGGCUCGGGCGGUCUUCGACAGGAUUCCAUGCAAGACGUGCAUCUCCUGGAACGCUCUCAUGCUCGGCUACGUGGAGAACGGUCAUGCCGAGCAGGCUCUAGACUUGUUCUUGAGCAUGCCGGACGAGAAGGAUUCGACGACGUUUGCUGCGGCUUUCAAGGCCUGUGGUAGCAGAGCUUUUCUGGGAACUGGGAAGUCCAUCCACGCACAGAUCUGCCGGUGUGGAGCUGAGAAGAACCUGGUUGUGGCGACCGGAGCUUUGGAUUUCUACUCCAAGUGCGGCAACAUGGUCGAAGCUCAGCACAUCUUCGACUCCAUGCCGUCGAAGAACACCGUAACUUGGACAGCGCUCAUCGGCGGAUUCAGUCGCCUGGGAGGAGAGGAAUCGACAAAGCAGGUGUUUUAUCUCUUCCGGGAGAUGCUUGACGGAGGGUUCAAGCCAGACGGUGCCACUUUCGUGCUGGUCAUUGCCGCUUGCAGCCAUGCCGGCCUGGUCGACGAAGGCCGGAAGAUCUUCGAAGUUCUUCCGGGGCACGGCGUCUCUCUCGGGAUAGAGCACUACCACGCCUUGAUCGAUCUUCUGGGACGAGCCAACGAGCUCCAGGAAGCUCUGGACGUGGCGGAGACGAUGCCUUUCAAGCCCAGCUUCGUGACAUGGAUGACGCUGAUGGCCUGCUGCAAGAAGUGGGGCAAUGCAGCGAUUGGGAAGCUCGCGUUCCAGAGAUUGAUAGCGAUCGAUGCGACAGACUCCACUGCCUAUGUGCUCCUGGAGAAGAUCUACGCGAGCCAAGGAUCGUGGAAGGAGCUCGCGGAGAUCGAAGAAAUGAGGAAGAAGAAGAAAGCGAAGACCGUUGACUCUCUGAGAGCGCGGCGCCAGCGCGUUGAUCUGGGCAGAGCGGAGCUUCCAAUUCCACUAGUGCCGGCAGUCCGCGAGCUGAAAUUGUGA